AUGUGUCAAACUCCAGAUAAUCCAUGCCUCGAACCAUUGUUAUGUAACAAGUAUUGUAAUCUUGCUCAACAAGCCGAGAUUCUUCUUGUUUAUCCUUCAUUAGAAAUAAAAGAUGAGCAUUCAUCUUUAUCUUGGUCCCAUGAGAUUGCCGACGAGAUUAAAGCACUAUCAAAAAUCACGACACCAGGAAUAGCAUCUGGCCUCCUCUACUACGCGCGAAACCUCAUCUCGAUGCUUUUCUUAGGAUGGCUUGGACCAAGAGAGCUUGCAGCAGGAGCUCUAUCUAUCGGCUUUGCGAACAUAACUGGCUACUCAGUACUCUCCGGUCUCUCCAUCGGUAUGGAGCCCAUUUGCGGCCAAGCUUACGGUGCACAAAAUUGGAAUCUGGUGAGCCAAACACUUCAUCGGACCAUUCUAAUCCUUCUCCUAACUUGCAUACCCAUCUCUCUCUUAUGGCUAAAUGUCAGCCAUAUCCUUCUUCAUCUUGGCCAAGACCCUACAAUCACCCAUUUGGCCAAGAACUACCUUCUUUAUGCUCUACCUGACCUUAUUGCAUUAUCCUUCAUCAAUCCUCUUCGCAUUUUCCUUCGAACACAGAACUUGAAUCAUGUUCCUGCAGUUUGCUCAACAAUAUCAACUUUGCUUCACAUCCCUCUCAAUUACUACUUUGUGAUCAUUCUUGGUUCCGGCAUUAAAGGAGUAGCCACUGCGGUCGCUGUCACCGACUUCCUCCUUCUCUUCUUUGUAAUAUCAUACAUUUACCUUAGCGGGGUAUGCGAAAAAACAUGGACAAGGAUGAACUUAGAUUGCUUCAAAGAAUGGUCUUCUAUCUUUUCACUAGCAUUACCGAGCUGCAUCUCAGUGUGCUUGGAAUGGUGGUGGUAUGAGUUCAUGAUCAUUUUAUGUGGUUUGUUGAACAAUCCCGAAGAAACAGUUUCGGCAAUUGGCAUUUUGAUGCAAAUGACAGCAUUAGUUUAUGUCUUUCCUUCAUCACUGAGCUAUGGAGUGUCGACAAGAGUGGCGCAAGAGCUCGGCAGAGGAAGGCCAGUGAAAGCGAAGACAGUUGCUACUAUAGGCACUAUUUGGGGUGUGUUCAUGGGAAUCGUCGCAAUGGCGUUCAAUGUAUAUGCUAUGAAAUGGUGGGGGUUUGAUGUUUACUAA